AUGGGCAAUAACAAGCACAACGAUGAUCGUGAAGCCAAGAAGCAGAAGACUUGUAAUGCUUCUUCUUCUUCAAAAUCUGGUAAGAGCAUGAUGAUGAAGCCUUGUUCAGGGAGCAAAGCAAAUCUGAAAAAGCGCAAGGAGAAAUCUGAGAAACGUGAUCAUGAAGAUGAACAAAUUGUCUCGAAAACUGAAUUCAAUGAAAUGAAGAAAUCUAUCAAAGAUCUGUCUGAAGUUGUGAAAAAACUACAAGAGAUUCUACCGACAAAAGCCAAUCUUCUAGAGGAAUCGAAAGAAACCACAAAGACAAAGGAAGAAGAAACCCCAAAGAAAAAAGAGAUUCCGAAAUAUCCUUGUUCCGAUUGCAAAGUUUAUCCUGGGGAAUGUAGUGAAACCAUAUGCGUCAAGGGAUUUGAUAACCUGCGACCAAGGGAUGAAAUCAUGAAGGAUUUGCGUAACAUUUUCGGUUCUUGUGGAGAGUUCGCAAGGGUUUUUGUUCCCAACGAGUGUGAAAAACUUCUCCCCUUAGGAUUAGCAUUCAUCAAUCUCAAUUUAGGUCUAGGCAAUGACAAGGCGUUGGCACUAAGUGGAAGUUACAUGGGAGGAAAGGAGCUUGAGGUAUCGUUGGCUACGGAUAAUGACGAAUUCUAUGGCUAUGCGAACUUUUAUGGGUGUGACCGUUGUCCAACACGUUGUUUUCGAAAGGGUGAGGACACACCUUACUGUGGCGACAGGAUACUAUGUUUGAAGAUGCCUCGUAGUACUAUCCGUCGGUAA